AUGCAUUUUACUUCUUUCUUUGUCAUUCUUUUUUUUCCCUUCUUCUUCUUCUUCUUCUUCUUCUUCUAUUUCUUUAUUCACUUCUUCUUCUUCUUCUUCUUCUUCUUCUUCUACAUUGUCCGUUUACUUUCUCAUUUAUCCUUCUGCUUCCGUUUUCUUCCUCUUCUUUUAUCAAUAUUUUUCUCUUCUUCUUCUUUACCUUCUUUUACUUCUUAUUCUAACAUACUUCUUCUUCCGUUUCCUUCUGUCUCUUUUACCCUCUAUCCACCUUCUUCUUCUUCUUCUUCUUCUUCUAUAAAGCAAACAUUCUACAUUCAUUUUAUCCUCACUUUUCCGACUCAUCUUUUCCUUCCUACUCUCCCCUCUUUCUCUUUCUCUCACUUUUCAAGUUGUAUUUUUUCUAUUCCCUUGCUGACCAUCAAGCCACGACUGGCAAACCUCUUUUCCCUCUGCUUGCAUCUGCCUUGUCAUUUCUUUCUUCAUAUCUGUCGCCACGUUUUAGACAAAUUUCAUUAUCUUUCUUCGACUUAA